AUGGAAGAUGCAAAGAGUGUCUAUAGUGCCCUCCGUCCUCGAACAUUGUUUGUUUCGGCCUCUCCCGUGCUACUCACUAUCAGUCUUCUAUAUAAAUCUCAUCAUGUCUCCUUUCUACAGUUCGAUGUGUUUACCAUUCUCAUCUGCGCGCUAUUAGCACAACUGAUUGGAAAUCUCAGUGUCGUAUACAACAAUUUCCAACGUACAUUGCAGCCCAGUAAGAUCACAGAAGUGCCGGAUGUGAAGAUUAUUCUUAAUUUAUUAACGCUGACUCAAAUUCGACGUUGGUCGACUCUAUUUUACGGUCUUCAAUUGACUCUGUUCGGGUUAACGCAUGGCAUUUAUGGCAAAAGCAUUCAAAUUACGGGAGCAAUGGUCUCACUUGUCACAUUAAUAUUGAUCUAUUGUCAACGCAAGGACAAGUUAUUGCGAGUAAUUGGGCUACGUGAAGCUAUGAUCGCCUGGGGUGUUGGUCCGAUUGCUAUGUUCAGCACGUCUGUCUAUCUCGUUGGGGAAUUGCCAUGGGCUAUUGUCAUGUAUGCGUACAUUGUGAUGCUUUUAGCAUGGGCGUAUUUACUACUUGAAAGUGCACGGGACGCACCAUUUGCUAGACGCAUGGGGUGUGCAGACACAUCGUUGGCACUACACUUGGGGUUUCAGUACUGUUUCCAGGGCUUUUUGCUACUAAUGGUAUCGUUCUACGGUCUUGUCCUAGUGAUCGGAAUUGCAAUGGGACAUCUGGGAAAUUUCUUGCUGGUCGUGACGAUUGUUAAACUCAAGGACAUCAGUGAGGAUUUAAGACUGGAAAGACUCAACCUGUUGCCAGACCAGUUUGCUCGACUUGCAGCAGUAUUAAGCGUUGGACUCAUUUUUUCAAUUCUCGCAGGACUAACAUAG